GACCCUUGGGUUCUACCCAGGGGACUUCAUGAGAACCAGCUCUUUCAACAGACCCUACAAAAGCAGAUGAGAAGGAAGACAGAGAAACCCAAUGGAGAUGGUCUUUUCCCCUUAAGUAGGAACAUCCCAGCCUCAGAGACACAGCAGGAAAGGCUCUGAGAGGCUGAAAAGGUGGGAUGGGCACCAGGCAGGGGGAAGGGGAGGGACCCACCCUGAGCACCAGUGGGCGUGGCUCCACCCUUCCCACCUCCGAGCCAUGGGGAGCCAGGGGCCCGGAGGGCUGCCCCUGGUACAGGCCCCCUACACAGUUCUGCUACUGCCAUUAGGGACAAGCCGCCAAGACCCAGGGGCCCGGAGCUUCUUCCUCUGGCUGCAGAAGAUGCAGGCUCUGGAGAGGGAGCAGGACGCCCUGUGGCAGGGGCUAGAGCUGCUGGAGCACGGCCAGGCCUGGUUUGAGGGCCGUCUGAGGGAGGCACAGCAACAACAGCUGCAUCUGGGGGCUCUUGGUGAGAAUUUUCUAUCAGAUUUACACUCAAAGCCUGGUGGCCCCCAGUUAGCCCAGAUUCAAAAUAUGAACAUCUGUUUGCAGAAUCUGAUUCAGGAGAAGUUCUCCCCACAUCCCUCGAAUCAGGCUAGUUCCUGUGCCACCCAGGACUGGAAGGGAAGGCCAAGGAAGCAGACGGCAUGGCAGCAGCAGGUAAACUGUAGGGAAUUGUCAAGGCAGCAGAAAGGAGGCACUCAGCCCAAAGGGGAGACUGCUCAGCUGGGCUGCCCCAAUAUGCGGAGGGGCCCCACCCGUGUGUGAAGCCUCCUCUCGAUUUCCUCAGUUGGUGACAGGGGAGGC